AUGGCACCCCUGAAAGUUAUUGGGGCCGGAUAUGGACGAACAGGCACUCUCAGCAUGAAAGUCGCCCUUAGCAUGCUUGGGUAUAAUUGUUUGCACUUGCUCGAUUUCGCAACCGCCGAACUCCAUCCUGAGAAGUUCCUUGAUGCCUACCUUCAUCCUGAGAAGCCUGUAGAUUGGGAUGAUCUAUAUGAUGGUUUCGAUGCUGCUGUGGAUUGGCCAACAAUUUCGUUUGUGGAGCGCUUGAUCCAUGCAUACCCCGAUGCCAAAGUGAUCCUUACCGCCCGUGAUGUCGACAGCUGGUAUAACUCUUUCAAGAACACGGUCCACAAACUAUCUGUCGAGUUGGGGAACCGGUAUGAUGACCUUCCCGAACACACUCAGCGUUGGGUACGAAUGGCCCACGCUUGUCAGUUAGAUGGCGCUGCUGUAGAUCCCAAACGUUUCAAUGAUGAAGAAGCUAUCAAGGCAAAGUACAACGCUCAUGUCGAAUGGGUUAAGAAGAACGUCCCUAGCGAGCGACUUUUUAUCAUGGAACUUGGUGAAGGAUGGGAUCGACUAUGCAAAUUUUUGAAUGUGCCGGUGCCAUCUGUGCCUUAUCCCAGCGCCAAUUCUGCCAAAGAUUUUGAAAAAGACUUUAUGGCAGAGGAUCGUCUUCAAUACUUUUUCGAUGAAGCUCGAAAGAUUGAUGCAGCUACAGCUGCCAAAUCUAGCGUGUAA